AGCUCGCGGCGGCGCGGCAGGGACCCGCGCGCGGCAGAGCGGCGGCGGUGGCAGCCCCGAUUCCCUCCAGCCGCCGCUUCCAUCUCCGCGUCCCCCGCCCCUAGACGCCUCUUCUCCACGCGUGUCCCUCUCCCUAUGGAUUCAUUUCAGACUGGACAGAUGCUGAGCUUGCCCGCCGAGCUCGGCAGCAACAACUUAGAGCUGGCGGAACCGGCGGCAUCAGCGGCCCGCGGAGACACGGGCCCCCACCCGGAGGCGGCUGCAGAAGGCCCCGCACCUCUACCGACUCGGCCGCCGGAGCAGGAGCAGCCUCCGAGGGCCUCGACGCCGGAGUGCAAAGUCCUGCUCACGCAGGCCGACGCCCUGGCGUCUGGGGGGCGCCUCCGGGAAGCCCUCGAGGUGUACCGACAGCUCUCCGAGCGGCAGCAGUUGGUGGCCGAGCAGCUGGAGCAGCUGGUGCGCUGCCUGGCCGAGAACGUCCCGCAAGCCGAGGAGCCGGCGCCCGAGCCCUCAGACGGGAGCCGCGCUGGGAGCUGUGCGCUGGCGGCGGAAGAACCAGGGGCGGUGACAGCUGCCGAGGCCACCGAGGUGUGGGACGGCUUCAAGUGCCGGAAGUGCCAUGGGUUUCUCUCAGACCCCGUGUCCUUGUCCUGCGGCCACACCUUUUGUAAACUGUGCCUGGAACGCGGGCGGGCAGCGGAUCGGCGCUGUGCGCUCUGCGGCGUCAAACUCUCCGCGUUGAUGGUGACCACCGGGCGGGCGCGCGGGACCCGGCGGGCUGGGCAGCAGGCGCCGCCGCCGCUGCGGGUCAACGUGGUGCUCAGCGGCCUCCUUGACAAGUUGUUCCCGGGCCCGGCACGGGCGUCGCAACUCCGGCACGAGGGCAACCGGCUGUACCGCGAGCGCCAGGUGGAGGCGGCCCUGCUGAAGUACAACGAGGCAGUUAGGCUGGCUCCAAAUGACCAUUUGCUUUACAGCAACCGGUCUCAAAUUUAUUUCACCUUGGAGUCUCAUGAGGACGCAUUGCAUGAUGCCGAAAUAGCAUGUAAGCUCCGCCCCAUGGGGUUUAAGGCACACUUCAGAAAAGCACAAGCCUUAGCCACCCUUGGCAAGGUGGAGGAAGCACUAAGAGAGUUUCUAUAUUGUGUGUCCCUCGAUGGAAGGAACAAAAGAGCAAGAGCUGAAGCCCAAAGGGAAACGCCCGAGCGCCCACAUUGUUCCAGUCAGGAGGGGGCAGCAGCCAGGGGCCAGGGGGGCAGCCUGAUGAACCUGGCCACAGUGACAGGGGAUGGGCCACAGGACCACACAGAAGACUCAGCUGGAGCGGAGGAGGAGAAGGGGGUCGCUGCCUCUUCCCAAGCUGCCUCCAGUAAGACUGGCAAAUGCCAGGAGAAGAAAAGGAAGCACUGCCAAAUUGAACCCCAAGACCCAGAGAGGCCUAAGAAAGCAUCUAAGCCAGAUCCUUCCACUGACCCCCGGGCCAAGCCUGCACUCAGUGUCCCACUGGCAUCUUUUGACGCCUCUGACCUUGAAUGCUCCCUCUGUAUGAGAUUAUUCUACGAACCAGUCACAACACCCUGUGGGCACACCUUUUGCUUAAAAUGCCUUGAAAGAUGUCUAGAUCACAAUGCGAAGUGUCCACUGUGCAAAGACGGUCUUUCCCAGUGCUUGGCAUCAAGAAAGUACAGCAAAAACGUCAUAAUGGAAGAGCUAAUAGCUAAAUUCCUUCCAGAAGAACUCAAGGAACGAAGGAGGCUUUAUGAAGAAGAAAUGGAAGAACUUUCUAACUUAAAUAAGAACGUGCCUAUUUUCGUGUGCACCAUGGCCUACCCCACGGUUCCUUGUCCCCUGCACAUCUUUGAGCCUUGCUACCGUCUGAUGAUCCGUAGAUGCAUUGAGACAGGCACACGACAGUUUGGCAUGUGCCUUGGAGAUCCUGUCAAAGGGUUUGCGGAAUAUGGCUGCAUCCUAGAGAUCAGAAAUGUUCAGUUCUUUGCUGAUGGCCGCUCAGUGGUCGACAGCAUAGGCAAGAGGCGCUUCAAGGUCCUCCAUCAGGGCCAGCGGGAUGGUUACAACACAGCUGACAUCGAAUACAUUGAAGACCAAAAGGUUCAAGGAGAGGAUUGUGCUGAGCUCAUGGGAUUACAUAGCUGUGUCUAUGAGCAAGCGUCAUCAUGGUUCCAUUCCCUCAAAUCAUCUCUGAAGAACCGGAUACUCAAUCAUUUUGGUCCAAUGCCAGAGAAAGAUGCUGAUCCCCAGAUCAACCCGAAUGGCCCGGCCUGGUGCUGGUGGACAUUAGCGGUUCUUCCAUUGGAAAGUCGAGCUCAGCUCCCGUUCCUAGCAAUGAGGUCCCUGAAGGAUCGGCUGAAUGGUAUUCGGCGAGUCCUGGCCUUUAUAUCCCGAAACCAGAACUAGUGAGUGGAUUGCUGAAAAGGAGCCCCCACGCUCCCCCACCACUGCGGGGGAGUCAUCUUGUAAAUAUAUCUAAUUGCAAUAACAUCUUAGAAGGAAGUAUCAAACAGAAUCACUCUCCUGCUAUUGAUCAGAGAGAAAUUAAGUGAAAAGACCAGAAAAAUGUGAUCUGUUUGCAACUUUCUUUCUGAAGAUGCUUCUUGACAUGCUGCACAACUACAUGCACAGCAGAGGUUGUUUAAGAGCCCAGAAGAAAAAAAAUUUUUUGAUUUUGACAUAAAAUUUUCUCAAAGUUUAAAGUGGUUUUGCUUUAAUUUUCUGUCUUUCAUAGAGGAAUGACUGUGUGGUUGAAAUGUGAUACCCAGUUCCUAAUCA